AUGGUUCAGCUGAUGUCAGCGGCGGCCGCCCUGGCAGCGGUUUACAGCAUAACCUUAUCUCCGGCAACGGUCCUCGUCUCGGCCGAGCCCAUCUCGGCGGCGCAUCAAUACUCACCUGUAUCACCACCGCCAUCUUCGUCGUCUUCCGACUUCGCACCGAGCCCGGAACACGCGCGUGAGAAUGCGGUGCAUAUCUUCAACGCCGUGCACUCGGCCUUGCGCCAGUGGGGGUCCUCGCUGCACCACAACGGGUUGGGGCUGAUCCCCGCCACAGUGCCGCGGGGCACGCUGAUGUACCACGGCACGAGAUCCAACAGCACGCCCGAGGGGUUCGAGUGGCUCGCGUUCGAGAUGGAACACUCGGAGAAUUUUGCGAGGAGCUGGAGGAAGGGACGGGGGACGCCGCCGCCGAAGCCGCCAGGCAAGGGCAAGGGCAAGGGAAAACCACCACCACCUCGGAGACCGCCUGGAGGCGAGCCGAUUAUCCCGAUGAUGGAGGGACAGAAACCGCUCGUCGGAGAGAACGAGAAAGGCGAUGAGAGACCUCCGAGAGGCCCCGGGGGCCCGGAUGAACCUGUUCGCGGGUACUUCCACACGUACCGCGCCAAUCGGGACCUCAAGCUGCUGUACCUCGACGGCAUGGCCGCGGGGAAGACGGGCAUGGGCACGCUCGAUACGCAGGACUUUCUGCUGCGCGACCUCGACGAGGCGCCCGGGUUCGGUGAGUACGACCGCGCCAAGGAGAUCUGCGAGGUCGUCAAGGCGUGGGGCCUCGACGGCGUCAUCCGAAUGGAGAUCGGGUUCGAGGCCAUCUACUGCGACUUCUUUGACGGCCUGGACCUCGUCUCGGUCAUGAGGCGGCCAUGGAGCGACCAGGUCGAGGGUGGCGGCGGGAUGGGCCUUUUUGACUGGGCGAGGGCCGUUGCGCAGCGGUACGACGGCAUCGGCGGCGGCAGGGUGCGGUUGGGGUUGGGGGGCAUGGUCAGCGGGCUCUGGUACCCCCUCAACGUGUCCAACCCGAACGGGCGGAGGGACAUGCCGAGGCUGGGACGCCUCGCGAGGGAGGAGCGGGAGGUGGUGCUCGGCAGGGUCGGGGAGAUCGUCAAGGGCGCUGCGUGGUCGGACGGGAAAGUAGAUUGGCAGGGCGUGGCGGACCUCAUCGUCACGAGGUUCGGGGACCGCAUCGAGGCGAUUGCCGACGAUGAAGCCGUGGCGGAGGACGAGGCGUUCCUGAGACAAGUUCUGGGCGUGACGAACACGUUUGUGGACUACCCGUGGGACGAGUUCGACUCGGAAGCGGCGGUUAAAGGGGGGCAGAAGGAGGAGAAGGAGGAGGGGUAUAUCAGGGAGGCAAGGAGAAGGUGUGCGGCGCAUUACCUGGAGCCGGCGACGGCGUGGAGGGACGAGUGGACGCGGGAGGACGAGAUGAUUUACGUCGCCAUCUCAGCAGUCGCGGAGCGCAUCUGCGGGGACCUGUUUGACGUCCGCGGGCUGGUCCUGGACGCGGCGCCGGAGCUGGCGGGAGCGAUUACGGAGGCGGAUGUCGUGGCGGCGAUGGCGGCGGCAACGAGUCGGCGACGCUCCGAAGACGCAGACGCAGACGGAGACGCGGGAGACGAGCUCGCGGGGGCCGUCAGGCGAGGGCGCGAGACGAUCAGGACGCUCAAGGGGGACCUCGGGUGGAGCCUGUGGAAGAGGUGCAGGCCCGGGUGCGGCGUGGCCGAGAUCUGCUUCGUGGCCAUGUGGCCGUUCGGGCUGAAGGACGACCACUACCGCCCGAGCUGCCAGAACCGGAGCGCGUUGGAGGAGAGGGGGGCGCGGCACGGCGACGAGGAGCGGUACUGGGAGUGGGAGCCCAGGUGA